GUUAUUAGGAGAUGAGUUAUCGUUCCUCUUGUCUAUGGUAACCGGGAAACACACACAACACAUAACUCGUAGACACCAAAAUAUUGAAAAUAUCACCAACAUCGUGACGACUGUCAGAAGACAUGGCAGAAGCGGACCCGAGACCGGAAUACAGAUGUUUGAUUUGUACGUCACUCUACAAAGAACCGAGGCUGCUCCCUUGUGGUCAUACUUUCUGCUGUCGAUGUCUGACGUCAUACAUCGAAGCUGAAAACGUCACAGCGGACAAGGACCGUCACUUCUUCCCUUGUCCUGUCUGUGAGGCGCCAAUCACUCCUGAUGACGUCAAUACAGCCGUAAGUACAUGGGCGACAUGUUUUCCAGAAAAUAAUUUCCUUGUUGCCCCUACAGCCCAGUCGUCUGAUGUCCAUUUCUGUGCCCCUUGCCAACGAGGACAAGAAUCGAUCCCUGCUGAGGUCACGUGUACCGACUGUGAUGAGAAGCUCUGUAAACGGUGCCGAAUUCAUCAUGAACGGAGCAAGGCAUCAGCUGAUCAUCGACUUGUCUCCAUAUCUGGGAAUGUUUGGCAACUUUGUGAUGAAAAAGUGUACGAAAUCUGUCAUAAACAUAGUGGAAAACCCCUGGACGUGUACUGUGUAGACCACAGCGCUAUGUGUUGUAGUAUCUGUGUGUCGGUGUCACACAGGCAAUGUAACAAUGUUAAACCAAUGGAGGAUGUGAUCAAGAAGACAAUGGCUAAACAGAGUCUCGGCGAGAGAGAAUGGAGGGAGCUAACAGAGGAAACAAAGAAGAUGUUAGAUGAAGACGAUUUAGGGAUAACAACGCUAAACGCAAAAGAAAGGGAAGUUUCUGCGGAAAUGACGGACAGGAUACAGAAAGCUAAAGACAAGCUCGAUAGCCUCAACGCAAGAUUUCAAUCUGACCUCGCGGAUAAAUGCAGAACAUACAGACAACAGCUAUCGUCUCGACGGAAGAAUGUCAACACAUUCAACAUCAACGCGGAAAAUUCACAUCUACUGAUGUCACGUUCAGAUCAACAGUUAUCAGAGCGUCACCGAUUUUUCGUGAGAGAACAAACAAAACAUCAGAUAUCGGGACAUUACCGGCGUAUGGAUCAAAACACAAAGAAAGAACCAAAUACGUUUGACAUCACACUGAAGCUAGAGACAACGAUUGAUGAAAUCAUGAAAAUGACAACCCCGGGAAAUGUUGACGUCACCUCGACCCUUUCACCGGUGUCGCAGAAUGCAAAUGACCGUAUACAUUCUUUGAUUGGAACUUUGCUUUCGACGCUUUCCGCUACAACAUUUGAUGACUCGACUUCGACUUCUGACUUAAUGGGUUCUCUGCAGCAUCUGACAGUCCAGACUACUCCAGUAACGACCGCGGUGGAUGUAUGGACCGGGUCGGUAUCUUGUGUACAUACGGUUAACACCAGCACACUUAGAGGAAUGAACACGCCUUGGUUGAUGGGAGGAAUCUUUACUGACAACAAUGAAUUAGUUAUCACAGAUUACCAUAACCGUAGACUCCUACUGUUUGAUGAUAAAUAUUCCGACACGAGAGAAUAUAAAAUUAACGGUUACCCUACAUAUAUAGCACGUGGACGUACUGCUGAUGAGAUAUUUGUGGCUGUAGACCAGAAACAGAUACUGAGAUGUACACUACAGAAUGGUCAGCUGUCCAUGAUCAACACGAUCAGUAGUCUCCUUAGUACCUUUGGUAUAGCAGUACUCGGGGACAAUAUCCUGGUCGGUACUCCAGAUAGUGUGAAGGUUAUGUCUAUCGAUGGGAAGGUCACCAAGUCAAUAAAGAAGGGAGGAGAUUACACAUACAUCGCAGUAUCUACAUCUAAGUCCACUGUAUACCACACAGAUAACAAUGACGUAGUGUGUAGACGACUAGACAGUGACGCAGUAGUCUACAGGUACAGGGAUCCUGGUCUGAGAGAUCCUGUAGGUAUUGGACUGGACCGAGAUAACAAUGUGUAUGUUUGUGGUCACAUGUCCAAUAACAUUUACCUCGUUUCACCUGACGGGUCACGUGGGAGGGUACUACUGUCCGAGCUGUCCGGUAUCACAAUGCCAUACUGUAUAGUGGUCCAUCCAACUAAACAGGAGUUCGUGGUUACUUCUCACAGGGAAUCUACUGCACUCGAGGUCUACAAAUUCAGUGACAACAGCAUAUAAAUACUUUUAUGUAUAAUAUCAAUGAGGCGAUUCGGAUAGGAAGCUUAUAAUAUAUACAAUGUAUAUUUACAGGUAAAGUCUGUAACCCGCUACCAAUUUGAAUCUUUGUGAAAAUUUGAUAGGUUUGUUAUUCCGAAACCCGAUAGAUGCAUUAAGUAUAUAACCACGCUGUACAUUCGAGGGAUACACUUGUGGUUUUGUAAUGUUAUGUGCGUUUGAGUAAUAUAUUAUUUAGCGGCUUAGAAAUGAUCAUACCCGCAACAAUGGGCAAGUACUAUUUCAUAUUUUUUCCACAUUACUGCCUUAUUUUGACCACACAUUUUUCAUCAACACGUGCAGUAAGACAUGCCUUUUGUUAUAGAAUUUAUAAUGUAAAAAUGUUUUUUUUUUCAUAUUGAAAACAUAUUUUUGUACUACUUUGGAGAUGUUCACGUCAUUAGGAGUAGAAUGAGCAGACACUGACGUGUUUACUGAGACAUAUAUUGUUAGUGAACAAAUACGAUACAUUACAUUGUUACGUAAAAAUGUAUUAGGCAACAAUAUAAUCAGUGCAUAUUGCAAACCGUCGAGUAAAGUAUUUAACCGUCUAGU